AUCUAAGCAGCAUAUCAAAAUUACCGGUUUUCGUCCGGUUCUGUUAAUCCCGCUUUCUCCCCUGUUCCGGACUCUGUCCGUAUAUCCACAGCCCCCAGCCCUCUUUCCCGAACUCGAGGAAAGAUAGAUAUAUAGAUCGCAGAAAGUAGAGAAAAGAUGUUGAAAUUCUUGAAAGGAGUGGUGGUCGGAUCUGGUACAGGCCCUAAAGAUCUGCCGUACAACAUCGGCGAACCUUAUUCCUCUGCUUGGGGUUCUUGGGUUCACUUUCGCGGCACUUCCAAGGACGACGGGGCUCCCGUGUCAAUAUUUUCUCUUCAAGGAAAUAAUGCAAAUGAUGGGCAUUUGGCUGCUGGUCGCAAUGGUGUCAAGCGAUUACGUACGGUCCGGCAUCCAAAUAUUCUAUCAUUUCUUCACAGCUCCGAGGCUGAGACUGUUGAUGGUUCUACCACUAAGGUUACCAUCUACAUAGUCACGGAGCCUGUAAUGCCCCUGUCAGAGAAGAUCAAGGAAUUAGCAUUAAAAGGUAGCCAAAGAGAUGAAUAUUUUGCGUGGGGGCUGCACCGGAUAGCUAAAGCUGUUAGCUUCUUGAAUAAUGACUGCAAAUUAGUUCAUGGUAAUGUUUGUAUGGCUAGUGUUGUUGUUACAGAAACUUUGGACUGGAAACUGCAUGCCUUCGAUGUUCUUUCUGAGUUUGAUGGGAGUAAUGAAAUUUCUACUGGACCAAUGCUGCAAUAUGAGUGGCUUAUUGGUUCACAAUACAAACCAAUGGAGUUGCAAAAGUCUGACUGGGCAACAAUCAGAAAAUCUCCGCCUUGGGCUCUUGAUUCUUGGGGUCUGGGCUGUUUUAUUUAUGAACUCUUUUCUGGUACAAAGUUGGGUAAACAAGAUGAGCUGCGUAACACUGCUUCAAUUCCAAAGUCUCUACUUCCAGAUUAUCAGCGGCUUUUGAGUUCUGCACCCUCUCGCAGGUUAAAUGCAUCCAAGCUUCUGGAGAAUAGUGAAUAUUUCCAGAACAAGUUGGUCGAGACUAUACAUUUCAUGGAAAUUCUUAAUCUGAAGGAUAGCGUUGAAAAGGAUACGUUUUUCCGUAAGCUUCCUAAUUUGGCAGAGCAGCUUCCUCGUGAAAUUGUCUUAAAAAAGUUGCUUCCUUUACUGGCUUCAGCUUUAGAGUUUGGUUCUGCCGCUGCACCUGCUUUGACAGCAUUCCUGAAAAUGGGAUCCUGGCUUUCUACCGAAGAAUUUAGUUCCAAGGUUGUACCAACGGUUGUUAAACUAUUUGCCUCUAAUGACCGAGCAAUUAGAGUUGGACUAUUGCAGCAUAUUGAUCAAUAUGGGGAAUCAUUAUCUACACAAAUUGUUGAUGAACAAGUUUAUCCUCAUGUGGCUACUGGCUUCUCUGAUACCUCUGCUUUUUUAAGGGAAUUGACACUUAAAUCUAUGCUAAUUCUGGCUCCAAAGCUAUCUCAUCGCACCAUCUCAGGAUCCUUGCUGAAGUAUCUGUCAAAGCUACAGGUUGACGAAGAACCAGCGAUCAGAACGAAUACUACCAUACUGCUUGGAAACAUUGCCAGCUAUCUCAAUGAAGGGACGAGGAAAAGAGUUCUGAUAAAUGCCUUUACAGUUCGUGCUUUGCAUGACACAUUUUCACCAGCCCGAGGAGCAGGUAUCAUGGCUUUAUGUGCAACCAGCUCUUAUUAUGAUGUGACUGAGAUUGCAACUCGGAUUUUGCCUAAUAUUGUUGUAUUGACUAUUGAUCCUGACAGUGAUGUUCAAUCAAAGGCAUUCCAAGCUGUUGAGCAAUUUUUGCAAUUAGUUAAACAAUAUCUUCAAAAGGCUAAUGCUGGGGACAACACUGGGGCAGCAAGCACUGGAAUUUCACAGAUUCCUGGAAAUGCAGGUUUACUUGGAUGGGCCAUGAGCUCCUUGACUCUGAAAGGCAAACCUACGGAACAGGCUCAUCUUCCUUCUGCAAACACAAGUGCACCUCUUAGUUCCGCCGCCUCCAAUGCCUCAGUGAUGGAGAGUGCAAGUCUAAACCCAAUGCACAAAAGUUCCAGUAGUGAUACAGUGAAUCAACCAGUACCAGUUUCCCCGACAUCCACUGAUGGAUGGGGGGAACUUGAAAAUGGAAUUCAUGAAGAUCUUGAGGAUGAAAAGAAUGGGUGGGAUGACAUUGAACCACUUGACGAUCCCAAACCUUCUCCAGUGCUUGCGAAUAUCCAAGCAGCUCAAAAGCGGCCUGUCAUGCAGCCAAAGCCACAAGUUACAAGUUUGCAACCAAAAGGCACAUCAAAGACGAGCAAAGGUGAAGAUGAUGAUUUGUGGGGUUCGAUAGCUGCUCCUGCUCCAAAAUCAACAUCCAAACCUUUGAGCUCAACAAGAAGUGGAACGGUAGAUGAUGAUGAUGAUGAUCCAUGGGCUUCUAUUGCUGCUCCAGUGCCAAAAACUUCUUUUAAGCCUCCCAGCACAAAAUCAAGUGACGCUGUAGGUGAUGAUGACCCUUGGGCAGCUAUUGCAGCACCUCCUCCUACCACCAGAGCAAAGCCAUUAUCUGCUGGGAGAGGUCGAGGAUCGAAGCCUGCUGCUCCAAGAUUGGGUGCUCAGAGGAUAAAUCGAACAUCAUCUGGGAUGUAAAUUAGCAGUUCUAUCAUAUUGCCAAAAAAAAUUAAGAAAUGAAAGUGGACAUAGGGUGUAAGAAAUGCUGAAGACAGAAAGGAGCUGUGUACAUUUUUCUCUUAUGGCAACUUAAGUUCAGUUGAACCAUGACGAACUUUGGUAGCUAGAUCAAGAUGAGCUGUACUUCUAGUUUUGGAAGACAUCAAAUGCGAUUGUAAUGUCUCAUUUUUUAAUUGAAUUACGGUAUUAUUUUUACUGUUCAA